AGUAGCGAGGCGGAGGGGCGGGCGGGCAGCCGGUCGGCCCCACAGCGCGGAGCCCGGCGGCGCGGGCACGGCCAUGGCGGGCUGCUGCUCGGUGCUGGCGGCGUUCCUCUUCGAGUACGACACGCCGCGCAUCGUGCUCAUCCGCAGCCGUAAAGUGGGGCUCAUGAACCGGACCGUGCAGCUGCUCAUCCUGGCCUACGUCAUCGGGUGGGUGUUUGUGUGGGAAAAGGGCUACCAGGAAGUGGACUCUGUGGUCAGCUCAGUUACUACCAAAGCCAAGGGCGUUACUGUGACCAACACUUCUAAACUUGGAUUCCGGAUCUGGGAUGUGGCCGAUUACGUGAUUCCAGCUCAGGAGGAAAACUCCCUCUUCAUCAUGACCAACAUGAUCAUCACCAUGAACCAGACCCAAGGCUUAUGUCCCGAGUUUCCAGAUAAGACCACUGUGUGCAAGACAGAUGCCAACUGCCCUGCCGGCUCUGCAGGCACCCACAGCAACGGAGUUGCAACAGGAAGAUGCGUGCCCUUCAACAGCACGGUGAGGACGUGUGAAGUGGCAGCUUGGUGCCCCGUGGAGGAUGACGCACACGUGCCAAAACCUGCUUUUUUAAAGGCUGCAGAAAACUUCACCCUUUUGGUUAAGAACAACAUCUGGUAUCCCAAAUUUAACUUCAGCAAGAGAAAUAUCCUUCCCAACAUCACCACUACCUACCUCAAAUCGUGCAUUUACGAUGCUGUAACAGAUCCUUUCUGCCCCAUCUUCCGUCUUGGCAAAAUAGUGGAGUACGCAGGGCACAGCUUCGAGGACAUGGCCGUCGAGGGCGGCAUCAUGGGCAUCCAGAUCAAGUGGGACUGCAACCUGGACAGAGCCGCCUCCCUCUGCUUGCCCAGGUACUCCUUCCGCCGCCUGGACACCCGGGACCUGGGCCACAAUGUGUCCCCCGGCUACAAUUUCAGGUUUGCCAAGUACUACAGCGACCCGGCUGGCACUGAGCACCGCACCCUCAUCAAGGCCUACGGCAUCCGCUUCGACAUCAUCGUGUUUGGAAAGGCUGGGAAAUUCGAUAUCAUCCCAACCAUGAUCAACGUUGGCUCUGGCCUGGCGCUCUUAGGGGUGGCGACAGUGCUGUGCGACAUCAUAGUCCUCUACUGCAUGAAGAAAAGAUACUACUAUCGGGAGAAGAAAUACAAAUACGUGGAAGAUUACGAGCAGGGCAUUGACAGCGAGAUGGACCGGUGACGCCUACCCCACACCGCGCUCCCCACGGCCCUCAUCGAAGUGGAGAGCACAGAGAAGGGAGAAAAGGCUGCCCUGGCACCCCACAGAAAGUUCGAGAUUCCGGGUCAGCCUCCACUUCACAAGUACCUCAAGGCUGCCCAGCUGCUCCCGUGUCACGCGGAUGGACGUGCAUCGAAAACCGCCCUGUCCUUGGCUGGGUCGCCUUGGCUGUUCCUUCAGCUUGCAGUCCUUUGGGCGGGCUCUGGCCCAACAGCAGUGACGCCGCUGAGACGGCGGGGUUGGGGCCUUCCUGGAGGCUGCCCUCCGCAGCUGCCGGCCAGACGGGCCCAGCAGCUGUUCCAUGCUUCCCGUGGCGCGCAAGGACACCUGGGUGCGGUCACCGGGCGUGUGGCGGACCCGGGCUGCCGUCCCGCUCCCCCUCCAGACUUUGUCCAUGCAAUCACGAGGCAGAGCUCAUGUUUCUCUUUUGAGAAGAGGUAUGUUGAGAGAGAUGAUCGAGGACCAAACAUU